AUGAUCUGCUGUGAUUCCUGCGAUGUAUGGUUCCACGGUCGUUGCGUGGGCUUGGAAUCAGUGGAUAAAUAUGCCAAAAAGAAUUGGUACUGUCAAGCGGAUGCUUGCCAGCUGCAGGCCGAUGAUUAUCGCAAAAAGCGGGAAGCGGAGUCCGCGAAAAAGAGAAGUAAGAAGACGCUUGCAACGGAUGAUGGUUCGGAUAGGUCUAGCGUGAAGUCCGAUCGUCAAACCAGUUCAGUUCUAGAACGCAAACUAAAAGCGUUAGCACAGGAGCAAAAGGCAAAAGAGGCAGAGAUGGAGAUCGAGCGAAUCCUGGCGGAAAAGCGGAUGGAGAUGGACCGAACCCUUAAGGAGAAGCGAUCGAAAAUGGAAGAAGUGUUAAGAGAGAAGCAGGCUAAACAAGAAGAAGAAAUGUAUGAGGAAGAUUUGAAGAAAAAGAUGGCUCAUGUGGAUCGAAUACAACAGAUUCGCGAUUCUUACGAGGCACGAAUGGGACACAUACAACAGAGGUUGGACGGCUUAAUUUUUUCCGACCCAGCGAAAAAUGAAGCUCAGCAUAUCAACGAGCUGGUCAUGAAAGACCCGGAAGAAGGCUUCUCGGGUGAAUUAGUACAAUCUGCACCCGUAGUACAUACACCGCUGCCCAAUCCAAAUGUUGGAGCCAAAGAGGCAUGUGAAAAACAGGACGAACACCACCUAAAGAAAGGAGAAAAGCGUCAUGAACAAGAAACCGACCGGUCAUGCGAUGAAAGCGAGAUAGAAGAGGAAUAUAGCGAUGAAGAAGGUUCGUCUGACUGGGAUUCCGACUGUGAUUCGGAAGCGCCUGAGAUUUUGUCACAAAGCGUUGCACAGAAAGCCGUAAUACCGGGAUAUAGGAAGCAAAGGCGAAAGGUGGAAAGCAAAACUAGCGUUCACGGGCUGGGGCAACGGAAAGCUGGACCGACGAGGAUGCAGAUGGCGGCAAGGCAAGGCAUUACGAAGAAAUUGCCAAUUUUCUCCGGACGCCCGGAAGAAUGGCCGUUGUUUAUAGGAACAUAUCAAGCGUCAAAUCAGGCUUGUGGCUUCACGGACAUCGAAAAUCUGGUGAGGUUGCAAGAAAGUGUGAAGGGUCCUGCCUUGGACAGCGUACGCGGUCAACUGCUGUUACCCAGAUCAGUCCCAAAAGCAAUUGAAAAGCUACGUCAACUGUAUGGGCGACCUGAACAACUGCUACAGUGCUACCUGGAGAAAGUAAGAGGGCUAGAAUCUCCGAAAGCCGACAAAUUGGCAAGUUUCAUCCCAUUCGGGAAUGCAGUGGAACAACUGUGUGACCAUCUUGAGGCUGCCGAACUUGACCAACAUUUGAUGAAUCCACUGCUGAUUCAAGAGCUGGUUGACAAACUUCCAGCGCGCGACAAGCGGGAGUGGGUUCGCUAUAAGAAACGCAAAAGUGUGGUGACGUUGAGAACGUUUACGGAUUUCGUGUCAAUGAUCGUAUCCGAAGCGUGUGAAGCAAAUGCUGGAGUGGGCAGUGCAGUCUACAAACCGUUGUCGAAUGAAGCAUCCAGCAGAAACCGAGCCAGGGAGAAAGGAACGCUGAAUCACCACGGCGGGCAGGAAGAACAAACUAAAGCGAUCCAAAUAACUGAACAGAAAAGGAAGCAGUGCAAAGUCUGCCAUCGAACCGAUCAUCGUUUACGAUUCUGCCAGGAUUUUGAAAAAAUGAGACUGGCUGAUCGAAUCAAGAUCGUCGAACGGUACACGUUAUGCAAGGUGUGCCUAAACGAUCACGGAACUGCCCAAUGCAAGUUCAAUCUUCGAUGUCGAGUCGGGAACUGUCGAGAACGUCACCAUUAUUUGUUGCAUAAUGGAGUAGAGUCGGUUGCAAUCAAUGCACAUAUAAGAACAAACGAGCGAAUCAUGUUUCGUAUGCUACCAGUGACGCUGUACAAUGGAAACAAGGCGGUGAACACAAUUGCUUUUCUAGACGAAGGAGCCUCCGUCACUCUACUCGAGAAGUCUCUGGCCGACCGUUUGGACGUCGCUGGUGUCCACGAACCACUUACCAUCAAAUGGACAGCAGAUGUCACUCGUGUAGAAAGCAAUUCGAUGCGGAUGAAUCUCUGGAUUUCUGCGCGAGGAUCGGGGAACAAAAUUAAACUGCAAAUGGUGCGAACAGUAGAUGAACUUACGCUCCCGCACCAGGAACUAAAGGCAGCAGAGUUGUCAGCACAAUACAAGUUCCUGAAAAAGCUUCCAAUCUACUCAUAUGAGAUGCAACGCCCAGGCAUACUCAUCGGUCUGAACAAUAUUGACACAUUCGCACCGAUAGAAUCUAGAAUGGGUAGACCGGGAGAACCAAUCGCCGUCCGAUCCAAACUUGGUUGGACUGUGUACGGACCUAAAGUAGACACUCUCCCUGUCGAACCCCUUGUCGGUUUCCACGAAAGAGUGACCAAUGAAGAUCUGCAUAGCUUGCUGAAGACCUACUACGCUGUUGAGGAGAGCAACGUGACAGUGCUGCAGGAGUCUCAGGAAGAUCGCAGAGCACGGGACAUCCUGGAACGUACUACCAAGCGAGUCGGUGAACAUUUUGAAACCGGGCUGUUAUGGAAAUGUGAUGAUCCGCAGUUUCCGGACAGUUAUCCGAUGGCCAUGCGAAGGCUGAAGCAUCUGGAACAAAAACUUGCGAAGUCGCCGAAGUUGUAUGAAAAUGUGUGCAAGCAGGUUCAAGAAUAUCAGAUAAAAGGCUAUGCUCACCUAGCCUCUGAAGAUGAGUUGUCUGGAACCGACAAUCCUAAAGUCUGGUACCUUCCGUUAAACGUAGUUCUUCAUCCGAGAAAGCCAGAAAAAGUCCGUCUUGUAUGGGAUGCAGCGGCAACAGUGAAGGGCGUUUCCCUCAAUUCGCAACUCCUCACAGGGCCAGAUAUGCUGGUACCGCUCACGACUGUAAUCAACCGCUUCAGAGAACGUCGGAUCGCUUUCGGAGCAGACAUCCGCGAAAUGUACCAUCAAAUCCGUAUAAGAGAUGAGGACAAGCAAGCCCAGCGUUUUCUGUUUAGAACCAACCCUCUCAACCCUCCAGAUAUCUACGUCAUGGAUGUGGCUACCUUCGGUUCAACGAGUUCACCAUGCUCAGCGCAAUAUGUGAAGAACCUUAACGCGAGUGAGUAUGCAGAUAAGUUCCCAGAAGCAACCGCGGCUAUAGUCGAAAACCAUUACGUGGACGAUUAUUUCGACAGCGCCGAUUCAGUACAAGAAGCAAUUCGACGUGCAAGCGAGGUAAGGGAGAUCCAUUCGAGGGCGGGUUUCGAAAUAAGAAACUGGGUCUCUAAUUCAAACGAAGUCCUCGAAAGGUUGGGGAAGUCGGCAACCAAAAGAACUGUCCAUUUUCACCGAGAUAAAACGAAUGAAACCGAACGGGUACUUGGUAUAAUUUGGGAUCCAGUCUCUGAUGUAUUUUCAUUUUCCACCGAGCAUCGGGAAAACUUGCGGCCCUAUCUGCAGGGAGCUACGAGACCUACAAAACGACUUGUGUUGAGCUGUGUAAUGGGAUUCUUUGACCCGCAGGGUCUGCUCGCCCCAUUUACCAUUCAUGGCCGGAUGCUAGUUCAGGAUUUGUGGCGCACAGGUUGCCAAUGGGACGAUGAAAUUGAUGACAGUAGUUUUGCUAAAUGGAAACGGUGGACCAGUUUGCUACCGGAAGUCAAUGCUAUUCGUAUCCCGCGUUGCUAUUUUAACUGUGUCUCAGCUGAUCGGCAAAUAGAGCUUCAUAUAUUUACGGACGCUAGUGAGUUUGCCUACGGUUGCGUUGCCUACUUUAGGACAAUUAAAAACGACAAAGUUCAGUGUUCUUUGGUGAUGUCACGUUCGAAAGUGGCGCCAUUAAAGCGUCAAUCGAUUCCACGUCUCGAGCUUAUGGCGGCAGUGCUCGGAGCCAGAGCAAUGCACAGUAUUCAGUCGAGUCAUUCUUUCCCCAUUCAGCGAAGAUUUCUUUGGACCGAUUCUUCAACGGUACUUAGCUGGAUCCGUUCUGAGCAACACAACUAUAAGCAAUUUACGGCGUUUAGGAUUGGGGAAAUAGUGGAGUUGACGAGCGUAUCCGACUGGCGAUGGGUCAAGACGAAAUUCAACAUCGCUGACGUGCUUACUAAGUGGGGCAAAGGACCGCCGCUACAAUCGGAUGGACCAUGGUUUCAAGGGUCAGAACUUAUGUACCAACUCGAGCAGGACUGGCCGAGGCAGGUGCUACCAGCUCCGGGUACAAAGGAGGAGAUGAGAGCGUUUUUUCUUUUCCACGACGUUAACGUUCCAGAGCGUUUGAUGAACGUACAAAACGUUUCCCGCUGGCUUAAAUUGCUUCGUACGACAGCAACUGUAGGGCGAUUUAUCGAAAAUUGCCGGCGCAAGCGAGUAGGACUUCCGAUAUACACUUUAGUUGCUACUAUAGGCCAGCUGAAACUACUAAAAGGUGGAUACAAAUCUAUUCCAAUGCCGCUUACGCAAGAGGAACUGCAGAAAGCGGAGACAGUGCUUUGGAGACAAGUUCAAGCAGAAGCUUUUCCAGACGAAGUAAAAAUUUUGCUAAAAAACCGAAAUUGUAAACUCGGACAAUCUUCGAUUGAGCUUGAAAAAUCGAGUGAGAUUUUUAAACUUUCUCCAGUUUUAGACACCGAUGGUGUGAUACGGAUGAACGGCCGGUUGAAAAAGUCAGAAUUCGCUUCAUUCGACAUGAAAUUCCCAAUAAUUCUACCAAAAACUCACGAAAUAACCAAGAAGCUGAUCCACCAUUUCCAUGAAAAAUUUGGUCAUGCAAAUCGCGAGACCGUAUUCAAUGAACUGCGGCAGCGGUUUUAUAUUCCCAAGUUGCGGAUAACGAUAAAGCAAGUGAUGAAAGAGUGCAUGUGGUGCAGAGUACAUAGAUGUCAUCCAGCAAUACCUCAAAUGGCCUCUCUUCCUGUUCAGCGAGUUACUCCAAACCUGCGUCCGUUUAGUUCAGUUGGGGUGGAUUACCUUGGUCCAAUUGGAGUCACGGUAGGCCGACGCAAAGAGAAGCGGUGGAUCGCACUGUUCACCUGCUUGGCGAUUCGUGCUGUCCAUUUAGAAGUCGUACAUGGUUUGAGCACUCAAGCGUGCCUCAUGGCGAUCCGUAGAUUCAUCUGCCAACGCGGGGCACCAGAAGAGUUUUUCUCGGACAACGGCACAAAUUUCAAAGGGGCGUGUAACGAAAUGAUGAAGGCGAAGAAGGAGAUAGAUCUAGCAUGUGCGCAGCAAGUGACAAGCCCAACAAUCCGGUGGCACUUCAACCCGCCAGGAACACCACACAUGGGUGGAAUAUGGGAGAGGAUGGUGCGGUCAGUUAAAGCAGCAAUGAUGGUUUUAGACGAUGGUAGGAAACUGACAGAUGAAAUCCUACUGACAACGUUAGCAGAGGCUGAAGACAUGAUAAACUCACGUCCAUUGACCUACAUACCACAAGAGUCGGCGGAUACUGAAGCACUAACUCCAAAUCACUUCCUCCGGGGAACAGUAAAAUCUUCCGACAUGCCAGUAAGUGGACCGACUAACAUGGCUGAAGCAUUACGCGACAUGUAUGCGCGUUCACAGUAUCUGGCUGACAAGAUGUGGGAAAGAUGGCAGAAGGAGUAUCUUCCUAGCAUAAACCAACGGACAAAAUGGCAUCGGAACUGCAGACCUCUGAAUAAAGGCGACUUAGUGUUCAUCGUGGACGGGAAAAAUAGGAAGAAUUGGACUCGUGGAAUCGUCGAAGAACCUAUAACCGGAUCCGAUGGAGUAAUCCGACAGGCGAUGGUUAGAACUGGCAAUGGAGUGUUCAGGCGUGGGGUUGCUAAUUUAGCAGUGAUGGAAGUAAGUGAUGGUAAAUUCGCACCUGUUCAAGAUCCGGUGACGAAGUUACGGGCUGGGGAUUUGUUCCCGACGAAAGCAGAUGCGGGAGUACUGUCGGUCUAGCAACGUACCAAGUCUAUAAUGCCAACUGCGCUAAUGACAAUUAUAGAUGUAAACAAAAACAAAACAGUAUUAGCAUUUUGGUGAAGGGUUGUUUAAUUCAUAAAUAAAAUUAUAUUUUUUCUGGUAAAAUCGGCGAAAAGGGUGAAAAAAAGUCUAUCAUUUGCAGUUUGCGUUCUUGUGUAGUACCUGCAGAAUACUUGCGAAGAAUAGCGAGAGAGGAAUCCGUCUAAAGCACGAGGAGAAGAAAAACUAUUAAUUGUAAGUACUUUGUGAAUUCAUAUAGAAGGGAAAUUAGUAAAUAAAAAUAAUUUGCAGUUUGAGCUGCACGAGAUUAUCGUCUGCUACGAAAAAUACGUUGUUUCUUCGGA